AUGCUGUCUCAGCGCGCGGCGGCACCUGAUGCCGAUCUAGGUAUUGGCGGCAGCCUCUUUGAACCCAUGCUGCACAAGGCAGAGGCUGCCAGCCCCUCAUCCCCUAACCGGGACGGCGGCCUGAUCGCGGCCUUCCGCAGCAACCAAGCGGCCGGGUCCGAGGACAGCUCGGCCGCUGGCUGGUCGUCGGAUGGCGGCAGCUGCUCAACACCUGCCCAUGCGUCCACCGGCAGCAGCCGCACCGCCAACAUUUGCGAGGUCGUGUGCCGCUCGACCCGGCCGAUUGCACCCCUCGUCACCCCCUCGCCGGCCGCUGCGGCUCGGCAGCCGGCGGCGGCGGCAUCGGCGGCCGUCGCACAGCAGCAGCCGCAGCAGCAGCAGCCGCAGCAGCAGCAGCAGCAGCAGCAGCAGCAGCAGCAGCAGCAGCAGCAGCAGCAGCAGCAGCAGGCGGCGCGCAGCCACACAAAGCUGCUUGCGCUGUGCCCCACAGUGCCGCCGUCCAUGCAGCGUGAGUGCUGGUGCAUGGCUGAUUACCAGGUCCUCGAAAAGCUCUACACCGGGUAUGCAUCCAAGGUGUACAAGGCGAUCUGCAAGCGCACGCGCGAGGUGGUGGUGCUCAAGAGCUACCAGCUCAGCGCGAUCUGCGAGCUGUACCAGCACCAGAUCUUCAGGGAGGUCGGCCUGCACGCUAGCCUGAUGCAUGAGAACGUGGUCACCCUCUACGCCGCGUUCCAGGAGGGGGAGUUUGUGGUGAUGGUUCAGGAGUACGCGGACGGCGGCGACCUGUUUAGCCUGCUGCAGAAGUAUGGGGGGCGCCUUCACGAGCGCGCGGCGGUGUCCCUGGUGCUGGAGCCCUUCCUGCGCGCCCUGCAGUACCUGCACACUCGCGGCAUCGUGCACCGCGACAUCAAGCCCGAGAACAUCCUGUUUACCAGCGCCAUGUGCCUGAAGCUGGCCGACUUUGGUCUGGCUAUAGACCUGCGGCAGGAGCGCGCCGUCACGCGGGCUGGAACGCUGGACUACAUGGCCCCGGAGCUGAUCAGGGUGUGCGUACAAGUGUGA